AUGCCUCGGGCCCACCCCCGGCCCCGGGCGGGGCUGCCCCGUCCCUGCCCCCGGGCGUCCCGCCGCGGUCUCGCCUUCGCCCGGCUCUGGCAGUGCUGGCGAUGGCGCUGCUGGGCGGGCAUCAGUGCCUGGGGCUGGGGGAAGGCGCUGCAGGCCCUCCAGGAGCAGUACCGCCUGGGUUCGCUGCUGGGCCACGGCGGCUUCGGCAGCGUCUGGGCGGCCACACGGCUCUCAGACCGUGCCGCGGUGGCCAUCAAAAGGGUGCCACGGAACCGUGUCCGGCAUUGGGGUGAGCUGCCCAACGGCACCAGCGCACCACUGGAGAUCGUGCUGCUGCACAAGGACCUCCAGCACUUCAUUCGGGCACGGCGGUUCCUGUGCGAGGAGGUGGCGCGGGAGCUGUUCCGCCAGGUGCUGGAGGCCGUGCGGCACUGCACCAGCUGCGGGGUCCUGCACCGCGACCUCAAGCCAGAGAACAUCCUGCUUGACCUGGCCACCGGGCAGGCCAAAUUGAUCGAUUUUGGCUGUGGCACCUACCUACAAGACACAGCCUAUACUCACUUUGCAGGAACACCGUCAUACAGUCCCCCGGAAUGGAACCAGUUUGGCUGGUACUAUGGACAGCCAGCUACCGUCUGGUCCCUGGGCAUCCUGCUGCACCAGAUGGUGUGUGGGGAGCACCCUUUCAGGAGGGGCCACAAGAUCAGCUGGGACCAUCAGCUCUCGCUGCCACCACGGCUCUCUCAAGAGUGCCAAGAUGUCAUCCGGCGGUGUUUAUCCAUGCUGCAUGUGGACCGGCCUUCAGUAGAAGACCUGUUCAGUCAUCCCUGGAUGCAGGAUAGUCAUCUGCCAUAG